UGCUCAGCAAUGACAGGGUGAGGGUGAGGGUGGGAACCAGACCAGAGAGGAAACCUAGGAGAGAAUGAGAAGGAAGGAGAAGUGAGAGAAGGAGCUAGAGGAGAAAAGGGAGGCAGGACACCCAUGAGCAAGAAGGAGUGAGAGAACCGGAGGAGGGAGGAGAGAAAAGGGCGGGAGUCUGAAGCGAAGUCGGAGCGGAGAGAAAGGGGGAGAGAAAACACCAAGUGGGGAGGGAGGAGAGGAGAGAGGGAAGUAACGAGAAGCGCAGCGGGGAGGAAGAGGCAGCAGGCUCUAUCUCCUCCGAUGACAAGUGCAGCUGGCUGGUGCUGAGUGGGGGAAGCCACUCGUGGGGGAGGUCGGUGCUGCGCUCUCUUCUCCACUCCCAAGAUGAUGAAGAGGCAGUUUAAUCGGAUGCGGCAGCAGCUCUCCCAUCCCAGCAUCACAGGACGAGCCCAAGAAACAGCCGAGUUCCUGACUGAAGACUUGCUGCAGAUUGAGCAGAGAAUUGAGCCAGCCAAACGGGCAGCGCACAAUGUGUCCAAGAGGCUCCAGGCAUGCCUGCAGGGGCAGUGCGGUGCAGACAUGGACAAACGAGUGAAAAAGCUGCCCUUGAUGGCUCUUUCCAUCACUAUGGCUGAGAGCUUCAAAGAACUGGACACCGAUUCCAGCCUCGGGAGAGCUCUAGAGAUGAGCUGCUUCAUACAAAGCAUGCUGGCCAAAGUCCUGUCUGAGUUUGAAAUCACCUUAGAGAGAGACGUCCUACAGCCUCUGAAUAAACUGAGUGAGGAGGAGCUGCCUGUCAUCCUGAAACACAAGAAGAAUCUUCAGAAGCUGAUCUUGGACUGGAACUCCAUCAAGAGCAGGCUGAACCAAGCUGUCAAGAACUCCAGUAACAGCACUGGUGUUGGCCCCGGCCCCGGGGGGUCGUCCGCUGCCAUCAAACUGGAGAACCUGAAGGAAGAGGAAGAGGAGGUGAAGCGAAGGGUGGAGCAGUGUAAGGAUGAGUACAUGGCUGACCUCUAUCACUUCUCCACCAAGGAGGACAGCUAUGCUAACUACUUCAUCAAACUGAUGGAAAUCCAAGCUCAGUACCACCGGAAGUCUCUGGAAUCUCUAGACACAGUCUUGGCGGAGCUGAAGGAGACCCACAGCCAGACAGAGCCCCCUUUCCCCAUAGAUACCCCGGUGUCGGGGUAUUAUGGAGUGCCUUUGGAGACACACCUGAGGACUUUGGGUCGGGAGAUUGCCCUCCCCAUUGAAGCCUGUGUCAUGAUGCUGCUGGCGUCGGGCAUGAGGGAGGAGGGACUCUUCAGGUUGGCAGCAGGGGCCUCGGUGCUGAGGAAGCUGAAGUGCAGCUUGGCCAGCGGGUCCAACGCGCUAGAGGAAUUCUACUCUGACCCACACGCUGUUGCAGGUGCACUGAAAUCCUACCUGCGAGAGCUGCCCCAACCCUUGAUGACCUUUGAACUCUACGAUGACUGGUUUAAAGUAGCCUGUUUCAAGGAGCCAGAGGGCCGUCUACAGAGCCUCCAAGACACCUGCAGCCAGCUCCCCCAGGACAACUACAACAACCUGAGGUAUUUGAUCCGGUUUUUAGCUAAGCUGGCUGAACAUCAGGAAGUGAAUAAAAUGACCCCUAGCAACAUCGCCAUCGUCCUGGGCCCCAACCUGCUGUGGUCACAGCAGAGCACAGGAGACCCAUUGCAGCUAGACAUGGCCUCCGUGUCCUCCAUCCAGGUGGUGGGCAUCGUGGAGGCCCUGAUACAGAAUGCCGACGCUCUCUUCCCUGGAGAGAUAGACUUCAAUGUUUCGGGUAUGUUCACUCCCCCCCCGGAGAUCAAACCCAUCGAAGCCCCUUCAGUGGAAGAGCCCUCAUCUCAGCCCCUUCCUGCCAGCGCUCCCUCUCUAACACCUGGAGAAGCCAGAAGAGACCCCGAGAUGUCCUCUGGACCAGUCUCCCCAAAGACGACCAGAACUUCUCCUGUGACUGUGGGCCCCUCGGCUGAUGACACCACACGCAAAAUGAAGCGAGCUGCCCCAGUCCGACCCAUGGUGCCCCCACCACAGGUGCAGCCUCGAACCCAAACUUCCACACCUCAAAACCCACCUGUGCCUGAGAGCACUGCCAUCCCCAAAGUCUUUCCUCGCCGAACGGUGAGUGGGUCUAUGCGAGCUCCCGCUGUCCCACCUCCACUUCCACCCCAGCCUGCCAGACGCCAGAGUCGCGGUGCUCCGCUGUCCCCAAAACCCCCAUUGACCCCCAAGUUGCCUCCAGACACCAUGAGGGAUGAGGGCUCUGCAGCUGGCCAACAUUCUGCACAUAGUGACAGUACAGAAACCACUGCAGACUGCACCCCAGAGGUAGAAGAGCCGGAGGAGCCAUCAUAUACAGGAGGGCCAGGCUCUUCAGCCACACCCCAGCCAACGGUCCAGUCCCCAGAAAAUGUGGGCGGGCCGCGGGCCUGCCCAUCAGGCCGAGUGCGCGCGCUGAUAGGUGGCGGCGCUUCGCCUGGCGGUGACGUCAUUCCCGCGGGAGAAAGCAGCAUGGCGGCCUGCAGGCGGCUGAGCGGGGCGAGCGCGCGGGAGGUGCUGGGCCCGGCGCAGGGGCUGCUGUUCGAUUGCGACGGGGUGCUGUGGACCGGCGAGCGGGCGGUGCCCGGCGCGCCCGAGCUGCUGGAGCGGCUGAGCCGCAGCGGGAAGGCCACGUUCUUCGUCAGCAACAACAGCCGGCGCUCGGUCUCCGAGCUGGAGCAGCGCUUCAGCCGCCUGGGCUUCCGCGGCGUGCGGGCCGAGCAGGUCUUCAGCUCCGCGCUCUGCUCCGCGCUCUACCUGCGCCAGCGGCUGCUGGGGGCCGGCGACGACGCCUGCCCCGGGCCCGGCCGGGUCUUCGUGCUGGGCGGGGAGGGGCUGCGCGGGGAGCUGCGGGAGGCCGGGCUGCGCCUGGCCGGGGAGGGCGACCCGGCUGGCGGGAAGGACGAGCCGCCGGUGCGCGCCGUGCUGGUCGGCUACGAUGAUCAGUUCACCUUCGCUAAGCUGUCCGAAGCCUGCGGCUACCUGCGCAACCCACAGUGUUUACUGGUGGCCACCGACCCCGACCCCUGGCACCUGCUCAGCGACGGGCAGUGCACCCCGGGGACAGGGAGUCUCAUGGCUGCAGUGGAAACAGCCUCAGGGCGCAAGGCGGUGGUGGUGGGGAAGCCGAACACGUAUAUGUUCGACUGCAUUGUAGAGCGCUUUGGUGUGGACCCUUCCAGCACCCUCAUGGUGGGCGAUCGGCUGGAGACAGAUAUCCUGUUCGGCAAGAACUGUGGGCUUGCCACGGUCCUGACCCUGACUGGUGUGUCCCGCCUGGAGGAGGCACAGGCCUACAUGGCCAGCGAGAGCCCUGCUGCAAAGGACCUGGUGCCCAACUACUAUGUGGACAGCAUUGCAGACUUGAUAGAAGGCCUGGAUGAGUAGGGGGUGGGGUGGAGUGUGGGGGGGUUCCCAAUCCCAGUCCAGAUUUCCACCCAUUCCCAUUCUUCUCUCCCUUCUUUCUCAAUUCCUGGCUCUACCCAGUCCAUUAUUUAUGCAUUUAUUUUGCAGGGGGGCAGGGUGUGAGUAGUUGUCUUUCCUCCUUUAUCCUGCCAAGAACAAAACUUGCCUGAUAGAAUCCUUCCCCUUCAGUUAAACCUGCUACCACUGACUCUAAAGGAGAACUGGAAGCCUUGUGUUAAAAGCAGGGCGGGGGCAUGUGCAAGCCAAACCAGUGUCUGUUUGCUCCCCAGUGGGGUGAGGGCAGGCUGUCUUAUUUUUCUUUUGUAUAUAACCAGUGGCGGCCUUUACUGCUAUGCCCUCCACUCUCUGUGGAAGAAAGUGUAGGGAAAAGGCUCUUCUGGCCAGACCAGUGAAGUGUAUCAGUAACGAACUGUGUAGCUUUUGCCUGUGUCUGAUGGGUUGUGAUCCCACUACUACAGUGGGAAAGGGAUCUGUGUCCAUACCUCACUGCUAUUGUGUGGCUGUGCACGAGAUAGCGUUGGUAUUGUCAGUGCUGUGAACGUGCCACAGCCCCGGAAAUCAUUCCUUGCUGCUUUGUCUUUUUACAAUUUUAUUUAUGAAUUAACUUAUUUAUGGAAGUUUGUAUAAAUUAUUGCUGAUUGGCUGUGCCGGGGGUGGGGACGGUGCCUUUGGGCCCCACUCACUGCUUCUGUCCCAUAUUGUUGUGGUUCUUUGACACUCGCCAUUUUUCAGUAUAUAAUAAAGUGCGAGCGUGAGCUGGAA